AUUGUAUCAAGAGGCCAGGGAUUUGGAUGUCGUCCAGAAAGUCUUAAUGGCUUUCCUGGCAGACUUUAAUCAGAUGAGCAAGAAACCUAUGGACCUGGUUCUUUUCAGGUAAGUUUACAUGGGCUUUGAACUCUUGAAUCUGAGACUGCUGGAGGCAGUUAUAUGGUGUCUGUAAGAUGAACAAUACCAACUAAUUUAUCUAUCUCACACAAAACUCAUAAGACAAGUUAAGGGGAUCACACUUAUCAUUGAUUGUAGUUUAAACUUUGUACUUUAUGUUUUGAGAUUAGUUCAUGUUCUUCUUUGCUUCAAAAAAAUAGUCCAUUUGCAUUGUGCUUAUCUAAAAUAUCAUUGAACCAAUUUUGCAAUGUGCUUAUCUAAAAUAUCAUUGAGUCAAUUUUGCAAUGUGCUUAUCUAAAAUAUCAUUGAACCAAUUUUGCAAUGUGCUUAUCUAAAAUAUCAUUGAACCAAUUUUGCAAUGUGCUUAUCUAAAAUAUCAUUGAGUCAAUUUUGCAAUGUGCUUAUCUAAAAUAUCAUUGAACCAAUUUUGCAAUGUGCUUAUCUAAAAUAUCAUUGAACCAAUUUUGCAAUGUGCUUAUCUAAAAUAUCAUUGAACCAAUUUUGCAAUGUGCUUAUCUAAAAUAUCAUUGAGUCAAUUUUGCAUUGUGCUUAACUAAUAUGUUAUUGCUUUUUAGUAAAAUUUUCUUUUUAAUCUAUAAUCUAGUUUUUUUUUAACUUCAUGUCAUUAUCAAAUGAUUUCAGAUAUACACCGAUACUAUUCAGCCAUAUUUUAUGGCAUGUCAAAACUAUCAUUUGAUAAAAUCUGCCAUUUACUAAUCCUUAGAUUUGCUAUUGAGCAUGUUUCAAGAAUCUCCAGAAUCCUGAAACAACCGUCCAGUCACGCUCUACUUGUUGGAGUUGGGGGGUCUGGUCGACAGUCUCUGACCAGGCUAGCUGCCUACAUAUCAGAUUAUGAACUUUUUCAGGUCAGUUUAACUUCAGAAAAAACCUUUGGGUGCUGUAGGCAUUAGAUGGGUGAAAUUGAGGAGCAUUCGCCUUGAGUAAUUGACUAUCUUUGACCAGUAACUUGUACAUUUGCUUUGAGUAAUUGACAAUCAUUGACCGGUCUUUAAGUGUACUAUAAAAACACUAGUUUUCUUCAUUCAUGCUGUAACUUGUUGAGGGAGGUUCCACAGUUUUUGUUUACUCUGAGUUCCUUGUCUCUCAGUUCCUUGUCUCUCAGUUCCCUUCUCAUUCACAGGUUGAAAUUUCCAAAAGCUACUCGUCAAUCGAGUGGCGGGAUGACCUUAAAAGAAUUCUUAAAAAAUCAACAGAAUCCUCAACAGCUUCUGUAUUCCUGUUUUCUGAC